CCUUCCUCAGACUACUAUAUAUUAAAUAUAUUGUGCACUAUGCUCCAACUUGUCCAUACGAAUAAAUACAUUAAAAAAUCUCACUAUACGAUAUCUUAUGGUUCUCGUAGCAGUCGAUUUGUUGAGUUUUUCCGGUGUCGCAUGUUGAAUUCCGCGCGUAUUUUCGAACCCCCUGAUGGCGCGAAAAACGACGAACGGCUCGACUCUUCGACUGUUUUCGACCGCAACGAUAAACCACGGUCGCGCAGUGCAGCGAAAGCAAAAUAAUCGUUCCGUUUGUCAAAAGUCGUUCGUCGAAAUUGUUCAACCUUUCAUCAAAGUCGUUGCCAUCGCGCGUAACCGUCGCAAUUUUUUCCAUCUUUCAAGUCCGACUGAAAAAAUACGUCGAGAAGAACGUUUUAUUUUAUAUCAAUUGCAAUUGUAGGUUAAGUGUCGUAACCUCGUUUCGUCCAAGAAUCGAACAUCGAUAACUCUGUCUCAAGAAAUGCUCGUAGAAUUCCGUAGACAGAUUUAUCCGAUAUAAGAAUAUUUUCUUUUCUGUAAAAUGGACGAAAUAGAAUACAAGUUACAAUCUGCAAAUCCUGUUUUAAUAUCGCACGCAAUAGCAAAGCUUUUCGAUUCUAUUAAGAAAAAGAGACACGAUCAUGCCGACGAUAAGAUUUCACAAUUGCCCGAGUUCAAGUUGUUGUCGGCGAAACGAGAUAGUGCGGAUGCCGCUGUCAGCAUAUCCGCUUGUCAGGCUCUUAUAGCGCUGGUCGAGAAUGGAUUUUGGAACAUUGGCGAGGCACUGUCCACAUUCGUGUCCAGUCUUUCCUCCAUCAAAAAUUAUACGGUUGCUACCACGGCUAUCGGGCAUUUAUUAAUCAUGCAUUUGAAAAACAACAAGGAAGACGAUGCCAUGUAUCCAUUUACGCUUCAUGCCCCUCAACACCCCUUCAUUAUGAUUUUUAAUCGGGACAAAUACAGUUGGCAAUGCGUGUUGAAUCAAAUGGCACGCGUUACGAAUCACCAAGAUUCUCGAGUCAGAAAGAACAGCGUAGCAAUGUUACGGCCUGUUUUUCUCUAUAUUUUGUGUAAUCCUUUUCCAAAUCCACUGGAAUGCUGCGCGCAACAAACUUGGCAGUUGUUGUCUCGAUCGGAGCACAGCGAAUGUUUGCAGAUGGAAGUAUUGCUUUGGUUGCACACCGCCGACGUUUAUUCUUGCAUAAAUACGAAUUAUAGAAUUUUAGAAGUUGCAAAGAAAGCGUCCCGAGAAAACGAUAAAGAUUACUGUACGGCGAUCGCUCCCGUGCUGGCAUCAUUGUCUAUUCGAUUGUUGAAACACGGAUCGGAUCCAACACCAAAUUUCGACACGCUGCUCGUGAUCAUAAAUCAAUGCGAUGUCCGCAUAGGAGAUUUUAUGUUGGCGUUAAUGGCAGAAGCGAUCGUUUCGUGUCCUGCCAUUUAUUUGCACGGUACCUUGCAGAUAUGUGCAACGAUAACAAAGAAAUUGUCGUGCAGCGACAUAUUUUUGAAUACUUUGAUAGCAUCGAUGUUGAAGUGGAUGGCGUAUCCGUCGUUAUUGUGCUCGGAUGCGUUGAAUAUGGCAACAAAUUUAUUGAGAGAGAUGUUCGUUGAACGACGUACCGGUUACGACGAUACGGCGUUUACGUGUAAAGUCUUCGAAGCGUUCGCCAACUUUGAUCCGUAUCUUCAGUUUUACGCGGAGAUCGUACGUUGUCUAAACAUCUGGAAGAAAAACGAUAUUUUACUCUGGUUGAAACAGAUGUCGCGGGUACCGAUCGAUCUUAAAUGCAAAUGCAAACUGUUGCUGUCCGGCCUUUUUAUAGAAACGAACGAUCCGAUAAUUGCCGAGUCGAGUUGCAACGUACUCGUCGAUGUCUGUAGAGAAGAGAAAAGUUUCGAGUCGCAUCUGCUAUCUCUUGUAUUACAUAAAUUAACCAAGUCGAAGGACAGCAGAGAACUGAAGUAUCUGUUGCUGGUUGUACCCGAGCUGGCAGCCAGUAAAGAGAACGUCCCGAUUAUUACGCACACGUUGGACACGCUGUUACACGGCGACAAGCAACUGAAAUGCUUCGCCGUUGAAUUGUAUUUGAAGAUGCUGAAAGAGCAGCCGAUGUGUUACAGAUUCGUUUCAGCUGCGAUAAUUCGUCUGAUGAAGACCGAUCUCUCCUGGCAUUCGAAUGCGACUUGCGCGAGAGCUAUGAGAUUCGUUUGCGAAAAUCAUCCCGAACACGGCGAAGCGUUGGUACCGUUGCUAUCGGAAAUACUGAAUCGUUCGACGGACGCGAACGGCGGAACCGCGAGCGCGCUCGCUCUCAAAAGCAUAUCCGCGCUUUGCAAUGCUUCCGUGAUAGAUAUCGCUUCGACGUGGAAAGUGCUGGCCCCGAAAAUGGAGAAAGAAAAGCGUACAAUCGUUCUGCAAAGUCUCUGCGAAUUGUUUGCCGAUGUUGCAUCGUAUCCGUCGUUUCUAUCUGCCGAAACGUACGAUCAUUUGGUCACCGAUGUAACAUCGAAUCUAUGGAUGUACGCGACAUUCAACAAUCCGAGGGUCGCCGAGUCUGCUUUGAAAGCGCUGGCUUCGUUUUCUCUGGAGCGUAUUCCUCUGGAAACGUUACCGUUAAACUUUCGAUCUCAUCUCGCGGCGUCCGACGACGCGACCGGUGACGAGAAACCGAAAACAUUGUUUCCAUAUGUACCUGCUAGCUGUUGGAUAGAAAUGCUUAAAAAUAUCAACAAGUCGGCCCUGUCGAGUGCUGGAAAUCUCUUAAUUUCUUUCGUCAACGAAGAAUUGGGGAACUUUCGUUCUGGAAUUUAUAUCUGGCCCCACGGUGAGCCACAAAAUUACAAAUAUUUGCCAGAGAAGAGCGUGAUACGGGGGGUCGGUGAAUACUUGAGACGUUCCGACAAAUCGGAACCCAACGAUCACCGCGUUAUCGCGGAAUGCCUGAGAAUAUUUGCUCACAAGUAUACGAAACCGUUACCCAACGUAAACUGGAGUUUCCUCGGAGAUGUUAUCAAUCUGUCGCCCGUAACUAAGGCAUAUACCCUUGCCAUUGCGUGUCGUCACGCGAAGAUAUCUUUGUCCGCGAAAUCUUUCAUCGAAAACUAUCUGUCGACGUAUCAAUCGGAAAUUGACUCCGACUUUGAACUGAACGUUGACGAAUACACGAUAUUGUAUCAGAAUCUCGACGAUCUGUGUCAAGCUGUACAGCCGAGUAACAUGAAGCCAUUUUUAACGGCUACGUUGGAACAUGCGCUCGAGAAGAUGCCGUUCGAUAACGAGCGUUCGAAGAACUUGUUCGAUACCAUUAUGUUCUCGUAUGCUCGGACUUUAAAACAUCAGGACGUGUACGAUGGAAAUUUGACGCUGUUAACCACCUUGCUGGAAAAGCUUUUCGACCAAAUCGAUUUGACGUACGAACGAUUCGAGUCUUACGUUACAGCCGUUUUAGAGUUGCCAGCGAAGCAUAUAGAAAUGAUUACAUCUCCUAGAACAUGGUCCGAGGUAACAGCUAAUAGAUUAAAAAAUGCGACUGCGAUCAGAGCCGAACUGGUUCUAAAGAAAUGUUCCGAGACACCGUUAACAUGGUUUAGCGAAUUAAUCGACGAAGCUAUUCUUAUGCCUAGUAUACAGAUAUAUUUUCUCGAGGCUAUUCAAAGAGUACACGUUGGAAUACAUUCUGCCAAAUCUAUUAUAAAUUGGAUAUUAGAGUUCAUGACACAGAUUCAGGUACUGUUGUUAGAAUCGAUGCAAGACCACAGUAGCAAAAUAGAAUUCUACUGCAAUGUUUUAUUCGUUUCUAUCAUCAGUUUGUCCGGCAUUGAUCGUAUUCUGAUAAAACAAGAUUUAUCGGUGACGUCGACAAACGUCCGGAUCGAAUUAUUUCCUCGAGCUAUCGUGAUUCUUUCCGACAGAGAAGAUUGGAAGUCUGCGAUGCCGCAGAUCAUGGAAUGGUUGAACCAUAUGAGAACAAGUGCUAUUCCUAAUGUUUACAAACUGGCUUUCCAUCGUUCGCUAAUAUGUUUGAGACACAAUCCAUAUUAUAAAGACACGUGGACCAAAUAUUUAUCGAUUAGAACCGAAGUGUAAAUAAAAGUCGUAUGCGACGAAAGUUUACGGAAUGCAAUGAAGAAAUUUAUGUACCAACUAAACAGAUGUUUCACUAUUGUCCAAAGCCAUGACCGUCAGAGUAUUUGGUCUUGAUCCGGUUAAUGUAUGGUCUUCCGGUAAUUUCAUCCUAGGUUCCAAUAUGUUCCGUUUUGUCUCAACACUUUUUUUUAUAGGUGUACGACUCGGACUAGAUUUUCUACUGCUUGGAUAGGAUUUUAAUAAACGGGCUCUAAAAACAAACAAUUGAAUUUAGACUCUUAUUACUGUUACCGCAUUAUAAACAUCUUAACCCAAAAGCUUCUGCUGUUCUUUCCGCUUUCGAACGACGGUGGUACUUACGCAUCCAUUAAUUUCAGAAACAAUCGAGUGUACACUUGAUACUCGUCGUCUCCAAAUUCGGUUGGAUCGUGCCUAGCGUGUUCGUACAAGUCGCAAAACUGAUGAAUUAAUCUUUGACCGCUACCGUUCAGUGGAGUAGCUAGAGUAGAGAGCAGAUAUGCUCUUAAAUUUUCAGACGGAUGCCUUUUCAGACAACUAUCGUACUUCGUAAUUUCAGCUUCUAUGUACGGUGACAAGGCAAGAAUAUCAAACAUCGAUUAAAUUAUGCUCUAAUCACCGAUUUUUGACGCAAGGAACAUAAUAGAUAUAGUUACCCAACGAUCUGAUAUCGUCCACCGCUUUCAAUCUAUAGUAAUGUGGUGGAACUUGUGCACGAGGAGUCACGAUAAAUCGUGGAUCGCUAAUAAGUUGCGGUUCGUACUGAAUCCUUGGUAUUACUUCUAUUCGCCUUUCAAUUUCCUUCUUUAGUGACUAAACAAUUAGAAGAACGUCACAGUUUUCACAUUAACAUCGAAUGUAUCUAUUACUCGGUCAUACCUUCCUUGCAUCGUGUCCGAUCGGAAUAUGAGGGCCUCGACGUGAUCUUAAAGCGAAUCUCAUAAUUUGACGUUUCGCAAAAAUAAAUAGCAAUAACAUUGUUAAUACACCAGCCGCGAUAAAUAUAACUAUCGUCACACCAGA